AUGAGUCCCCAUAACGCGGAUCCCUGUUUUACUCUCAAGUAUGUUCUGAAAGGUGACUAUAAAGACUCGAUCACCACUUUGGCCUUUUCCGACGAUGGCAAAUACAUGGCUUGCUCUUCUUUCGAUGGAAAUAUAGUUGUUUACAAUAUGAACAACGGAGGUAAGGUGGUCGCCUUUAGAAAUGAUAGUCCCCCUGCUGCUCUGUGCUGGGGACUCGGUCGUGAAUUAGUCGCAGGACUCAAUGAUGGCACCGUUAUCAUCUAUUACAACGCCACCCAAGGCUAUGGGCGAGCCUCUAAGUUUCUCAAGUCUGCGUUUUCCUUCACGCCAAAUCGCGAGCACGAUCCCGACGACCUCCUAGCAGACCUCGGCAAACCCAUCGCAACAAUGAGCUUUCAGCCAGAGACAAGGAAACUCUUUGUUGCCUUCGGGGCUAGUGUCGCAAUCUUCUGGCAUCGAAGCCAGACCGAUUGGGUAUAUAUUUGUACUAUCAACCCUCCACCUUUCGAAUAUACCGAGGUUGAAUGCGACCUUGGCGAGCCCUAUGUAACAAAAGUUCUCCUUCCUCGUAUGAAAGACCAGUUCUUCGUUUGCUAUAGGGAUCAUGGCAUCAGGUUGUCAUUUGGAUUACGUCCUCCUGGUGCUGGAUCUAAUAACAUCUAUAGGAACUACAGGGUUGAAGACACCAAAACUUCCGAAGUGGUUUGGUCAAUCCCUCCUGAUAAUCGGAUUUGUCCAGCCUCGUUGUCUCCGGACAACAACUCGAUUAUCGCUUGGAACCUCAAUGACGGCCUCGACUUCUACUGCUGUCGAUACCUCCACUUAAAGCACAUAGAAACUCUCGACUUUUCUUCUGCUUCAAAUACGGAGGUCAACCUCAUGAUCGACGUCCAGUAUAUACUGGACGGUAAAGCCGUUCUUGUGGGAAGCAAUGUCGGCACUCCGUUCAUCGUCCAUGUUGCCACAAAGGAAGUAAUACAGACGCUUAAACACAGUAGCACAAGAGCACCUGCUCCCAUUAACGCGUACUGGUCGAGGAGAGGACAGCACUACAUCGCCACUGCGGACCGUGACAGCGGAGUCGAAACUACCGUCAAGAUAUGGUACAUACCACCAUCCUAUGGCUGGUUGGGUGACGUGGUGGUGUGGCCAGUAAGGAUUUUCCGCCAUGUCAGCGUCUACAUUACUUUUCUCCACCUCUUUCUCCACCUCUUAUUACUGGCAACAUUCGUCCCAGUACAAUGGUCACUAGAGUGGCGUAAUCCUGUAGUGGGAGGCUUAGCUCUGAUAGGGAGGGCUGCUCAAACUUUGUCCCAAUGGGCUGAAAGGAUGGAGGCCUCCGAUUUCGACACCCUGGUUACAGUCAGUGUAGGCCCGUCCGUUUUCCGGUCCUCUGAAACUGUGAUCGGUUCCUCUCCUAUGAAUGCUGUCACGGUCGCUGCAGCUACGACUGUCACCAGCACCGAAACAGUCACAGUUAUGGCUGUAAUGCCGGCGGAUUCAACGGCACCACUUACUAGUACCCAUCCCCUCACUUGCGCAGCGAUUUAA